AUGUCUGCUGAAACAUCGACUGCCAAUGGCGGCGCGUCAAGCUCCCUUGCCGCCAAGCUUGCGGCUCAACACGAUGCCCACAAUCCCACUGUGGAGGAGGUAGUGGAUGAAGAAGACCUCAAGCAUCCGCCCCCAUCUGCCAACUCUCCGUCUGUCUCUGCCCUCGAGUCCGCCACGCCCGAAGAGUCCGGCAGCUCUGCCUCCGUGCCUAAGCCCGCCACCAAGAGAUCGCCAGCUUUCGAUGUGCAAUCGGAGGAGCUGUUCCCAGCGCUGGGUAGCGGACCUAAGCCCGCUGCCCCCGCUGCAGCCACAUGGGGAGCGAAGAAGCCUUCAGCGGCCGCAGGUGUCGCCAAUGGCCAGCCCGCCAAGUCAUUGGGUAUGUGGAUCAAGAAUAUUAUAGGAGGGGAUAAGGUUUCGCUGACUUGGACACAGAAAUCCCCCCGCGUCAUGUCGCUCCCAGGAAAGCACAUGGAGCAACUCCGACUCGUCCCCUCCCAGAUGCAGCCUCGUGGCCAACUGAAGAAGCCGCUCAAAGAUAUUCUCCGCGAUAUUUCUCGCAAGUCCAAGGCCAACGUGGAAAUGCGCGGUGGCCCCGGUGGAUCUGUGAUUUUCGAAGGAAAGGGCUCUGUCGAGUCUGUCCGCCAGGCUCUCAGAGAGGUUGCCCAGCAGGUUGGAUCCAAGCAAUCUGUCCGUGUUCCUAUUCCUGCCUCCGCUCGUCCCCACAUUAUUGGUCGUCAAGGUGCGGUUGUCCAAGACCUCCAAAACCGCACCGGCGCUCGCGUCCAAGUUCCCCGGGUUGACGAUAACGCGGCUGGCGACGACGACGAGAAUGACACCAUCGACGUUCUGAUUGAAGGUGACGCGGUGGCGGCCGAGAUGGCACGCCGAGAGAUCGAAGCUAUCGUGAAGGAGCGCAGCUCAGGAAUGAACUUCAGACUCAAGACAAUUCCUCCAGAGUUCUUCCCCUUCCUUGCUGGUCCUCACGAUUCGGCUCUGCGGGAGAUUGAGGAGCGUACCAAGGCCCAGGUUCAUGUGCCAAGAUACGAUACUUGGACUACCCAGCCCCCUCCCCAGGAAGCUCACCCCGGCCAGGUGCAAUUUGUUGCAGUUCCCGACAAGCACAUUGUUAUCUCUGGAGAGCGGGCCGCAGCUCAGGAAGCUCGCGCGGAGAUUGAGAGGCUGGCAGCCGAGCUGCAACAGAAGUUGACUCUUCGCCAGUUGGCAAUCAACCGCGUUCCUAGCCCGGACUGGCUGUGCAAUUGUCCUUCCUCCCCAUCGGAUGACAGCGAGUUCUUGACCAUCACUGGUCCUGUGGACCAGAUCGAGGCCGGUGUUAACCAUGCGAUGGAACUUGCUACUAGCAUGCAGAUGGCAAGCAUUGACUUGUCCCGCCAACACGCCGCUGGUCCUGCUGGCCCACACGCCCACGCGCGUGCUUUGACUCAGUAUCUCCAGCGCCGCCAGAUCAUCCAGCAGCUGGAGGCGGCCUACGAUGCUCGCAUUGCUCUUCCCCGAGCCUCGAUGGACCUGUCACUUGGGAGGUCCCAUCCCCCAUCUCGUCUCCGUCAUAUUCCCGUGGACCCGUACUUCCACCCUUACCUGCGUUCUCGCAGUGCCAGUAAGCUCCAGGGUGAUUACGGCGUACACCUUCUGGUCCCAGAUGACAUCGACAGCCCUGAAGUUGUGCUUGUGUACGAGGGUCCCUCCGCUUCUGCUGCCAACUUUGAGGUCCCCAGACAGCGCCCCUCCCCGGCGGAUGUUGCUGCCUUCGAAAAGUCCUUGCAGGCGGCUCAGGAGUACUUGCUGAGUGCCCUUGGAGACCAGCUCGACAUUGUCGCCAAGACUGUCUCGAUUCCUGCGAAAUACCAGGAGAAGGCACGAAAGUUCAUCAUCCGGGAGCAGGAUGUCAAGGGCGCUGACAGCAUUCCUGUGCGUGCGAUCAUCGGAGAACCUAAGGGCACUCAGGUUGACGUUGCUCUUCGCGGUCCUUCUGGCCUGGUGGCCGAGCUUGCUGCUAAGCUUGAAGCCUUCGUUGUCGAGCAGGAGAAGGAUGACCUGGAGCGUGGAUACACCGUCAGCUUCGACUUCCCUCAGAAGUAUGCCAACUUCCUCAUUGGCAAGCGCGGUGAAAACAUCAACAAGCUGCGUGAAGAGUUCGAUGUCGACAUCAAGGUUGAAAAUGGCAAGGUGGAGGUCAAGGGCCCCAAGGCCAAGGCCGAUGCCACUCGCAUGCGCAUCAUCAACCUGGGCAAGAAGCUCGAGGAUGAGACUACUCACAUUCUCAAGAUCCCCGCCCAGUACCACCGUGAGCUGAUCGGCCAGCGAGGCAACCAGGUCAACCGUCUGCAGGACCGUUACAAUGUCCGAGUGCAGUUCCCUCGUGCCACUGUCAUUGCGGAUGACCAAUCUGUCACUGAGAAUGGCAGUGACGCUGGCGGCUCGCGUGCCCGCCCUCAGCAGGCCGUUGACGAGGUUCUCGUCAAGGGCCCUAGCAAGGGGGCUGACUCUGCCCGCGAUGAGAUUCUCAGUCUCCUCCAAUGGGUCACUGACCAUUCCCACACCGCUACGGUUUCUGUGGCCCAGAGCCAGGUUGCUUCCCUAAUUGGUCAACGUGGCCGUGAGAUGGACAAGCUUCGUGCCGAUACUGGGGCUCAGAUUGAUGUUCCCAGUGCAAACGAUGCACCGGACGCAUCUGGCCGUGUCCAGAUUCGCGUCAAGGGUACUAAGCAGCAGGUGGCGGAGGCCAAGAAGAUCCUGCAGCAACGGGCCUCCGAGUUCGAUGCUACUGUCACUAAAUCUAUCGAAGUUGACAAGAAGUAUCACAAGGCCCUUAUUGGUGGCGGCGGUGCAAACAUUCGCAAGAUUGUCGUUGACGCUGGUGGUCCUAACGAUGGCAGUGCUGCUCGCAUCGUCCGCUUCCCACGCCCCGAGAGCACUGAAUCUACGAUUCGCCUGGAGGGCAACGGGCAGAUCGUGGAUAACAUCAUUGCGGCUAUUCAAGAAUUUGUCAAGGAACGGGAAGACCAAGUUACCGAGGCUCUGGAUGUCCCUACUGCCCAACACCGGCUUCUCAUCGGUCGCGGCGGUGAGACCCGUCGUGGGAUCGAGUCCAAGUUCAACGUGACGUUGGAUAUUCCCAAGCAGGGCUCCGGCCGCACCGAUGUGAAGCUCAAGGGCCCUAGCGGAGCCGUGGCCGAGGCGAAGGAGCACAUCCAGGGUUUAUUGAAGCAGCAGCAUGCAGAGACCGUUUUUGUGCCUACUCACCUGCACCACGCUGUUGCUGACAACGGCGCUUUCUUCCGUCGCCUCCGCAGUGACCACCAGGUCACCGUUGACCACGCUGGCAAGGCCGUUCCCAGCAAUGCCGUUGCCGAGGAGACUCGCAGCGGCUCCAACGGAACCGCUCUUCCCUUGAUCACCGACGACCCUAGCGAGUCAGCGGAUGCUCAUUCUUGGAACGUGAUCGACAAUAGCAAUGCCGCUAACGCUGACACUACGCCUUUCCCCUGGGUGCUCACUGGCUCGCCAGAGAACGUUGCCAAGGCUCGUGCUGCGAUCGAGAAGGCCAUCGCAGCUGCCUCACAGCAGUCUGCCACGGGCUACUUGAUCCUGCCCGACCCCAAGACCUACCGUUUCGUGGUCGGCCAGGGCGGUAGCCAGAUCAACGCGAUUCGCAAAAAGACUGGAUGCCGCAUCAAUGUGCCCAAGGAUCAGGCGCGUGGCGAGGCCAUUGAGAUCCGAGGCAGCUCUGCCGGUCUGGAAGAAGCCAAGAACAUGAUUCUGGAGGCGGUGCAGAACGGGUUGAACGGCUCUUCCCGGUGA